GAUAGGGGGCGGAGUUGAUCAAGACCAUCUUACCUAAACUACUUCCCUAAUGUAAAGAGAGAGAGAGGGAGCAGAGUUGAGGGUCUUCAUUUUAUCCAGACAGUGUCUAACGCGUGGUUAGUGUGCGGAGCACAACAGUCCGUUGUCUAGGGCAUGACGGCGACUAGCCAUGCAUAAACAGACAGGGCAGACAGACAGACAACAGGAAAUAAUGGGCUCCAGCUAUACCUCAUAAACAACCAGCUUGUUGUUCUGUUCAUGUUUUAUCCAGCCAGUCGCUGUCUGAGUUGACCGAGUAUCGACCGUUCGCAUCUCGUCUCAGUCUUCUUUCCAUAUUUUCUCUUCAUCUCUCCUCUCGUUCUUCUUCACCAUGGGAUGUUCUUCGUCCAGCACACAGACUGUCGAUGAGGAGAAGAGACCGGGGACAAAACCCGAGGAGUCCAACGGAGACACAUUUGUUGUCGGGAAUGGUCACAUCUCGGAGGACACGGAGACCAUCGCUGACCAGAUGCAGCUUCCUGUCCAGAGUGCCCUGACUGAUGACUCUGAGGAACCCGUCAUCAUGGCCUCAGAGGCCCUGGAGACCAUGGGGUCUGGAUGGGAGGAGGACCAGGUCCUGGAGAUGCUGGCUGCAGCCGAGCCAGACGUUCCCCCUGAAGCCCCUGCUGAGGCUGCAGCCGUCCCUUCAGAGGAUGUGGUCUUAGUAGAGGCUGUGGUCCCAGUGGAGGUGGUGGACCCUGUUGAGGCUGUCGUGGUUGAGGCCGCUCCUGUGGCAGAGGCUCCUGCUGAGACAGUGGUGUCUGAGGAGGCUCCGGUUGUUGAAACUGGAGCUGCAGUGGAGGUGGCUACCCUGGUCGAGGCAGCUGCACCUGUGGAAGCUGCUGCCCCAGUCGAGGUGACUGAAACUGUCCCAGAGGCAGCUCCAGCCCCGACAGAGGAGACCCCAGCUCCAGCCCCGACAGAGGAGACCCCAGCUCCAGCCCCGACAGAGGAGACCCCAGCUCCAGCCCCGACAGAGGAGACCCCAGCUCCAGCCCCGACAGAGGAGACCCCAGCUCCAGCCCCGACAGAGGAGACCCCAGCUCCAGCAGCGGAGACCCCAGCUCCAGCCCCAAAAGAGGAGACCAAAGAUGCUCCAGCCCCUGUGGCCGCUGUCCCUGAACCAGUAACCCCUGCUGCUGAGCCUGUGGCCGCUGUCCCAGAGGGGGCCCCCGCUGUGGAGGCCCCUGCACCCAGUGACCCCAUAACUGACCUUGUUGUUGCUGCUGAGCCUGCAGCAGAGCCAAUAACCACCCCUGUGGCUGUGGAGGCCCCUGUAGCAGCCGUUGCCAAUGAGCCUGUGGAGGCCCCAGGACCAGUGGAGGCCCCAGGUGAGGUGGCAGCUCCAGCCCCAGAGCCUGCAGUAGAGACUCCUACCCCUGCUCCCGAAGCCGCCCCUGAGCUAACACCAGCCGCCCCUACCCCUGCCCCAGAGCUAACACCAGCCACCCCUGCUCCUGUGGCCCCGCCUACUCCUGCCCCAGAGCUAACACCAGUCACCCCUGCUCCUGAGGCCCCGCCUACUCCUGCUAUCUCAAUCCCAGAGAUUGAUGGUGUUCCGGUGGUUGUGUCGGAGGUGGCACAGGAAGCAGCAGCCUUGGUGUUGGCUGGAGUGGCACAGGAAGCAGAGAAAGACAAGAAACAGAACUAAGAAGAGAGGUCAAGCUGAGGAGGCCGCUGUGGCCUGGGAAACACAACCUUCUUGGAUAAAACCUCCGUUUUUACAUUCAGAGACGAUUUGUAGAUAAGAUGCACAACCCAAAGACCAGGAAGUUAAAACACACACACUCAUCUGUCACAACGAUGACUGACCAGGAAGUUAAAACACACACACUCAUCUACCACAACGAUGACUGACCAGGAAGUUAAAACACACACACUCAUCUACCACAACGAUGACUGACCAGGAAGUUAAAACACACACACCCAUCUACCACAACGAUGACAGACCAGC